AUCCUGACCCAAACCCAUUUUAACCCAAACCCAUCCUGACCCAAACCCAUCCUAACCUUCUUCUUUCUUUUACCCAUCUUGACCCAAACCCAUUCUAACCCAAACCCAUCCUAACCCAACAACCAAUCCAAUCCAACCCAUUCAUUUUGCCACCUCUACAUGGGUGUUAGAAAUUUACAAGGGGGUAAAAUGGUAAAUAGCCAACACACCUAAUUCAAACAACAAUCAUCAUAAAUAACCGUACACGUGAGGAGUUAACACUGCAAUUAGGAACUCCAAUCGAUUUAUCAAUACAUUCAUCUGCAGUUCAUCUUCUUCCUUCGUUCUCAGAUUGUUUGAUAAUCAGGGCUCGGUUUUAAAAAACGAUGAAGAUACCAAGUGGGAAAAUAUUGAUCAAUACGUAUGUGCAUAAUACAAAUUUUCAUCUUCUUCGAAGAUUCUCUCUUUGGUCAAUGAAAAAAGACCCGGAUCUUGAAGCAGCUUUAACCCGAAACCGUCGAUGGAUCGUAAAUAAUCAGAUUAAAAAUAUAAUCUUGCGGUGUCCUGAUCAUGUGGCCUCUGUUAAUUUCCUUCAAAAGAAGUUCAAAACUCUUGAUCUUCAAGGGAAAGCGCUAAACUGGGUUAAGAAAUACCCGUGCUGCUUUGAAGUAUACUUCAAAGACGAUGAAUAUCAUUGCAGAUUAACGAAAAAGAUGAUGCUUUUAGUACAAGAAGAAGAAACCGUAAAAGAUAUGCAAGAAACGGUUUUUGUUGAGAGAUUAGCAAAGUUAUUAAUGAUGGUUUCUAAUCAUCGGCUCAACGUCUCGAAACUCAAUGAAAUCAAAAAUAAUUUAGGGUUACCGGAUGAUUAUCUGAUAAGGAUCAUACCAAAACAUCUUGAUAUGUUUCGGGUGGUUAAUUACGGCGGGAGAAAGAAUUCAAUGCAAAUCGAGCUCAUCAAGUGGGACCCAGAAUUAGCGGUUUCGAAAAUCGAAAGAAAAUCGAAAGAACGUGUCUGCAACCCGUCAUUCACAUGUUCGUUACCUUCGACUUGGGUAAAAUCAUGGGAACGAUUUCGUGAAUUCGAUUCGUUGCCGUACAUUUCACCUUAUACGGAUCCGGGUCAUUUAGUAAACGGGUCGAAGGAAUCAGAAAAACGAACGAUCGGUUUACUGCACGAGUUUCUGUCACUUACAUUAUGGAAGAAAGCAUCAAUCAUGAAGUUAGGUCAUUUCACGAGGGAAUUUCGUUUACCGGAGAGAUUAAACGUUCUGCUCUUAAAGCAUCCGGGGAUAUUCUACGUUUCGAAUAAAUAUCAAAUUUAUACUGUUUUACUUAGAGAAGGGUAUAACGGGUCAGAAUUGGUUGAAAAAGACCCGCUUGUAGUUGUGAAGGAUAAAUUUGGAGAAUUGAUGCAGGAGGGACUUCAUGAGUAUAAUAGAAGGCGUCACAUGUUGAAUUUAGAAAAGAAAAGAAAAAAAGGCGUUAUAGCAAUGAAACGAGAGAAAAAUGAACCGGUUCAUGAACUGUCUGAUGAAGGGGAUGAUCUAGGUGGCAUAUUUGAUCCUGAGGAAAGAAAACGGUUUUAUAAAAUUCUUUUUGAAGAGAAAGCGCGAUAAAUAUCCUUACGGAGAUUGGAGAGUAUCAUGUCAGAAGAAAUGCAAACAAAAGGAUUGAAGCUGUCAAACGCUAAUGGAUGCGUAUUGCAAAGCAUGAGACAUGGUUAAGGCUUAUGAGCUUCUUCGCCAAACGCUAAAUAAAUGACUUUGGCUCAUAGUUGUCACGUUUGACGUGUUGAUGAAUAGAUUUUGUAUGUUAGGGAUGCUAGAAGAUGGCAAGAGGCUUCGUAAAUGGAUGUUGAAAAAGUUGUCCUUUUUAAUUGGUCGAUGAUUUAUGGUGGCACUGUGGCGUCUCGUAGCCGCUACCAACGAAACUUGCCACGUGUCCUUUUUUAUUUGGUUGAUGACUUAUGGUUUUGAAGCGUCUGCGACGCUUCAGUUGCUUGGAUUUCAGUGAGGCGUCUCCAUGGAACGCCUUUUAUGUGAACUUUGACCAUUUAAUCCAUACAAUGUGUUUCAUUCGAAGUUCUUGUAUAUUUUUCUUGUGUAUCGUAACGCGCGGGAAUUCCCACUGUACAAAUAAAUGGAUAAAAUAUGUUAAGGUCAUCCAA